AAGUUGAAGAGUGCAAAAUUGUUUUAGGUUAGCGAAUAAACAAAAGACCUUUUAAAUAUUUUUGCAUUAUCACACAAUCAUAGCCGGGCGGCUGAGACGAUCAUGAGCACAGUGCGUGUUUAACAAAAAUAGAUUUUUGUACAUUUUUAUGUAUCGUGACGUGUUAUCAGGGCUAACGUAGUUUAAACAAUUGUUGCCGAAUUAAGCAUUACAGUAUUCUUUCGAAAAAACUGUGUUGUGACAGAAAAACACUGUAAUGUUUAAAUCUUUGUUGAGCUCUGUAAUCAGUCAGGCCAGCUGUCAAGAGGUGGGGGGCUGGUUAUCUUAAACGGGCGGACACAGAUCGCCUCCAUGAGAUAUUCCUGAAAUACGCCACCGUCGAGAAAAACGGUGAAAGGCACAUCACCAGUGAAGACUUUGUACGGAAGUUUUUAGGACUAUUCGAAGAAGAUGACUACAAUGCGGAAUCAGUCAAGCUCAUCGCGGGCAUCGUGGACAUGGACAAAGACGGGUACAUCUCGUUCUCGGAGUUCCAGGCGUUUGAGGGGCUGCUGUGCGUUCCCGAUGCGCUGUACAAGACCGCCUUCCAACUGUUCGAUACUAAUGGCAAUGGACUUGUUGCUUUCGACGAAUUCGCGGAAGUCAUGCGCAAAACGGCCCUCCAUCAGAAACUGCCUUUCAACAUGGAAAGCACCUUCGUCCGUCUAUACUUCGGCAAGGACAAGAAGCGGCUGGUAACCUACCCGGAGUUCAGCCAGUUCCUCCAUGACUUCCACGAGGAGUAUGGAGUGGAGGCCUUCAAGAAAUGCGACAAAGAUGGCUCAGGGUUCAUCAGCGCGGGAGAUUUUAGGGACAUCAUGCUGAGUGUCAAGAAACAUUUGCUGACUAAGGAUUUGAGUACUAAAGUUAUUAAUGCCUCCGGCUUCCCUCAAGGCGAGAGAAAAAUCAGUUUUCCCUACUACAUGGCAUUCAAUUCUCUUCUAAACAACAUGGAACUGAUCAAACGUGUCUACCUGAACGCUACAAACGGCACUCGAACCCAGGAGGUCACAAAGGAAGAGUUCUUACAUUCAGCUCAAAUGAUGUCUCAGAUCACGCCUUUGGAAGUCGAUAUCUUGUUCACGCUUUGUGAUAUGAUUCAUCAUACUAAUGGCCGAAUUGUAUACAAUGAUCUCAACUCUAUAACUCCCGAGCAAUAUUUCAAGCAAGUCACCCGCCGAGUAGCCGAAAUCAAAGCCGUCUCCAGUCCAGAGGAGCGAGGCGUUCUCAUACAGAUCCUGGAAAGCACAUACAGAUUUACGCUCGGUUCCAUUGCUGGUGCCGUGGGAGCAUCAGCAGUGUACCCCAUAGACUUAGUGAAGACCCGCAUGCAGAAUCAACGCACCGGCUCCUUCAUCGGCGAAGUGGCCUACAGGAACUCCUGGGAUUGCUUCAAGAAGGUCAUCCGGCAUGAAGGAGUGUUCGGCCUGUACAGAGGACUGGUGCCGCAGCUCAUUGGAGUGGCUCCGGAGAAGGCUAUUAAAUUGACUGUAAACGACUUCGUUCGUGACAAAUUCACAGACAAAAAGGGCAAUAUAUCGAUGUAUGCUGAAAUUCUCGCUGGAGGUUGUGCUGGUGGUUCUCAAGUAGUAUUCACAAACCCAUUAGAAAUAGUAAAGAUUCGUCUCCAAGUAGCGGGCGAGAUAGCGGGCGGGACCAAAGUCCGGGCCUGGUCCGUGGUGAAGGACCUAGGCCUGUUUGGCCUGUACAAGGGGGCGAAGGCCUGCCUGUUGAGAGAUGUGCCUUUCAGCGCUAUUUAUUUCCCUGCUUAUGCUCAUGUUAAGGCUAAGUUUGCGGACGAGAACGGCUACAAUCACCCUCUGACGCUGUUAGCUGCUGGUGCUAUCGCCGGUAUCCCCGCCGCCUCGCUCGUCACACCCGCUGACGUCAUCAAGACGCGGUUACAGGUGGUAGCCCGAUCAGGUCAGACCACGUACAACGGCGUGAUAGACGCAGCUCGUAAGAUCUACGCGGAGGAGGGCGCGCGCGCGUUCUGGAAGGGAGCAGUGGCGAGAGUGUUCCGCUCGUCGCCGCAGUUCGGCGUCACGCUCGUCACGUACGAGAUACUGCAGAGACUGUUCUACGUCGAUUUUGGAGGAUCUCGACCAUCCGGCUCAGAGCUCCACGUGGCCACUCCAAUCGAGGAAACAGUGAAGAAGCCACAGCACAUCGGCGGCUACCAGGUGGCGCUGCCGGUGCUGACGGGGCUGGAGACCAAGUUCGGCAUCUCCCUGCCGCGCUGGUCCGCGGCCAAGCCUGCGCCUGCACCCGCUCAGUAGGGAGAUAGGAAGAAGUGUAUAAAGGUGCCAGAUUUUGUCAACUGUGGGAAUUUUAGCUAACAUUUAUAAGAGAUUUUUUUCGUAAAAGACACUUUUCACAUACACGGUUGGUAAACUCCAAGUUAUAAAUUGUGUUGUGGGUGCUAAUAAUGGUACUGCUCUAUACUGUUUAAUAUUAAUAAUUUAUUAUUUCUGAACCAAUAUGAAUCUUGAAGUCAAGAGGAGAGAUGGGAAAAGUCAAGGCUGAUGAUUGAAGGUCAAUGUUAAAUAAUAUAUGUGGUGGAAAUGAUAACAAAUAAUAAUCUGUCAGGUUAAAACACUCAUACGUAAAUGUACGUACUAUUCAUUGCAUAUCGAAUAUAAUCUACUCUUCCCCUAAAAUCCCACAGUUAAUUAAAUCAGCAUCCUGCAUUGGCGAGUAAGAUACAUAAUUUUGUAUUUUGAUGACAAGAAAAUUCAACAGUAAAUAUAUUACACGAACAGUUUAGCCUGAAAGCUGAAAUACAUAAGAUAUUAUGAGAUUACCAUUCAUCUUAGACUGGAGAAUUAGUUACUUAAAAAAUAUGUAUAUUUACUGCUGUUUUUCUGUCUACAGCACGGUGUCUAGUAAGAAAAGUAAGCUUGUAACGAUAUUUGAAAUUAAGACAUUACAAGUGAGAUUAAGGAAUAUUUAAAUAAAUACACUAAAUUUUAUAACACACUAAAUUGUAUCAGUAUACUUUAGUGUCAUUUUUUCUGAAACUAUUGGGCCACUUUAUUGUAAUUUUGAUGGGAUAUCAGAAAGCAUGAGUUUUUUCACUAUAUUUGUAGUUUGAAAUGAAAAAAGAAAGAAAGAAAACUAAUGAUAAAACAAAGAGAGAUUUUUUCAGUGCAAUUGUUAAAAAAAAUCGAGCAGGAGGUAAGUGCAGAUUCGCUCGAGAUAGGGGUAAAAACUCAUGUUUCCUGGUAUUUCAAUUCUCAACAUUUGAUGAAGGAAAAGUAUUCUUUUAAAAAGAAUGAGCUUACAAUGGGUUGUGUUGGUGUAAUAUGGAGCCCUGAUAAACGUCACGAUUUAGAUAAUUAUGAAAAUUGCUAAUAUUCUGCCUACUUUUCAAUAUCCAAGCAAGUUCCUUAAUUAAACGAUUUGCUUGCUAUUAUUACUACAGUACUUGCAAAUUAGCAUUGUAUGAAAAACCUUAUAAACCGAUGGUAAUAUUUUUUUAAGGGUAUCACUCUAGGGCUAGAGAUUAUUGAAAUUAUUUUUGAGAACUAUUAAGUUUUUAUAAUUCAUUUAAGAGAUUAGUUUUAUUCAAUUUUCACCCCCCAUAAGAGGCGUGUACGGUUGAGGUGGUCAGAUAGGCAGUCGCUUCUUGUAAAUCACUGGUACUCAGCUGAAUCCGGUUAGACUGGAAGCCGACCCCAACAAGAUUGGGAGAAGGCUCGGGAGGAUGAUGAAAAGAGGCGUGUACGCUGUCGCAUUUUUGUAACCCUUAAUAGGUAGAGCAGUUGGUAUAAGGCUUUUCAUACAAUGUUCUUGUAGCAUAUAAUUUAGAAGGCCAUUGAUAUACAUAAAGACGUAUUCGACGUCUUCUCGCACCUAAUAGCAUUUUAAAUAAAUAACGCCUCACAAAAACAGGCAAAUUUUUAUAUAUUUGUUUUCUAGCAUUCGAUAUGUUACAGAUAGCAAAUAAUUAGAUUUAUUCGUAUUUAAGAAUCAAGAUUUAUUAUUUUUUUAGACUUUUGCUUUUAGUGACUAAUGUCUAAUUUAUUUAUUUUCCAAAUACUUGUGCAUUUUAUUUUUUUAUUUUGUACACUGCCAUGUUAUAAUGCCGCUACGUAUUGCAGUAAGCUCUAUAUUUUAUGAAUACCUAUUCAAUAUUUGCAUUUAGAAUAAAAAAUAAAUAUUUUUGAACAGAUCUUGUAAUAUUUAGCAUUUUUGUAUUUAUUUACAUUUAACAACUAACAUUUAUUAACUUGAUAAUUGUAACAUAUCAGAAUGCCAUUAGUUUUAAGCGAAAAUCGAAAUCAAAGCGAACUUUUUAUUGUUAUUUUAUAUUUGUUUUAAACAAAUUGUCAAUCAAUUUCAUUUGAUUUAUUGCUAAGAUUGUGUUUUGGAGAUUUUGUGGCGUAACCCAACUUUAUAUUGUAAAUCAUUUUUAAUUUUUGAAUCGGCUUAGAAUUUACGAAUUGUCCAUAUCUCAUAGAGCUUUUAAAUAUGUAAACACAUGCCUUUAAAAUAUAUAUAUUUAAUAAAUAAGUUAUUUAGAAGCCUUCCUAACACUCGAUUAUUUUUACAGCUGUUUAAAUAUUUAAAAGCGUAACUACUUAUAGGAUAACAAACUCUAGAUAGGAUGUCCCCAAGAGACGUGUUAACAGUUCAAAUACAUGAUUAAAAGUAAUAUCAACGAGUAAGUUAAAAUGUACAGAGAUGCAUAAAGGACAAAUCGUUAAAACUUAUCAAUUUUAAUACUGAGAUUAUUUAGAAUAGAAAACUGGCUUGUUCGGACAAAACUUGGAAAAAUAAGUUUUGCAUGAACAAGUCGAAUAAUUGAGAUAUUCUAAAUUAUAUUCUCGAUAGCUUGGGCACGUCUUCUUACGUCUUCACCUAGCAAUAAAGCUGUGUAUACGCUUAACAUAAGUUAGUGAUGCCGUUUGGUUCCUAAAACUAUAUCGAAAUGUUUAAUUUUAAGCAAGAAAUACGAAGAUCAAAAUUUUUCCAAUAAUAUUGGGUGAAAAUUGACAUUUUUGAUUCGACUUCAGGCCGACUGUAGGCUUGCUCUACAAAUGCAAUUAGGUAAGACAAAAUUGUGUAAUUCAUAUUAAAUGGCCCACCUAGACGAUCAAUUAUACCUAUAACUUCAAUUUUGCGCAAUUCGUAAUACAUAAUAAUAUUGCGCAAAUUAAUUGAUCGACUUCGUGGCACCUAAGACAUGUUUCAGUCUCAUUCAACGUUUUGACGCUACUUGAGACAGAACUGUGUUUAGUAAAGAGCAGUCGAUGAGUAUUUCUUGCUUUAAAAUUGAACAAAGUAUCGGGCGGCCCAAUUUCUGAUGCACAAUUUUGUUAAUUUGAGCGUAACGUAUCGAUAAGUUAAUGUUGUAUAACAACAUUGUAUAAAGUGAAUCAUAGUGUAACGACAGGUGAUAGAAAGCCGAUGUGACUAUAUUUAUUGAUAUUGUACAUUUGUGUUAAAAAUAAAUCGAAUAAAACCUGA